AUGUUCCUGAGGCCAUACCUCUGUUCGGCCUGGCAAAGGCCCGUGUUGAGGCUACCGCAAAGCCAGUUUCCUUGGGUUUUCUCUCCAAGAACUGGUUUCUUUUCGUCCAUUGCACAUUUCAGGCAAAAACAAUCUAAUAAGGAUGGCGACGUUUCUGAAGAUUGGUCUUCCGAACCGCAGAAGCAGCGGAGGAGGGGUGCUAGAUCUCCGGCAGCUCCAACUUCGCUGCGAAGAGUAGCUGUGGAGGCACAAAGAUCCAGGGACAGUUUUAUUUCGAGGGCUCAGCUCAAAGAGCAAGGCUUCUAUCAGACUAAGACAGUGACAGCGUAUGCCGUAGCAGAAAAAUUUGACAUUCGCAAAGUCAGAGAAAUCCUUCAAUAUCGGGGGUUUGAGCCCGAUCCUCUCGAAACCGGCCUAUAUCCCCAAGUCGUCCAUGUUCAAGUUCCGCUAGACUCGAUACGUCGUAUGAGCAAUCCAACCGCAACAGAUCUCCCUCCUGAUGAGGUAGGGGAUGUCUUCAUAUUCCCGUCGGGCACGGUCGUGGCAUGGUCACUACCCGAGGGGUUCACCUCCUUUCUGGCAACUAGGACACUGCUUCCAGCGGCGGAGGGAGAACAUGCGGAGGAUCUUGAAACCGAAGACCUCGAAUACGUGGAAGAUUCCAGCCGAGAGAACAGCAGCAUACGGGGUGACACAAUCAUACUUGGGACCAAACCAGGGGGGACGGAAUCCGGUUCGCAGCUUCCACCUGGCCGGCAAUCUAUCGAUACGGUCUUAACAAAGGUUGCAUUUUCUUCGGGAUUAGCUCGGAGCACGAAGCUGGCGGUGUUGGAGGCUCUCCUCGCGAACUACUUUGAAUCUACUCGAACAAUCCCAACGCUUUUGUCGAGAGGCGCACGUCUUCCAUACACUAGGGACUUCAUUCUACGCAAAACCGGCCAGCUUCUCAGCGUACGCGCCCAACUAAAUCUCUACUCGGAGCUCACGGACUCUUUACCCGAUAUAUUCUGGGAUAGCCGACAUGAACUUGGUCUGGAAGGGUACUACGAACAAGUAGGUAGAGCGUUGGAUGUGGGCAUCCGCAUCAAACUUUUGAACGAGAAGAUGGAUUAUGCGCAGGAAAUAGCGAGCGUUCUCCGGGAAAGACUGAGUGAGACACAUGGCCUUCGACUCGAAUGGAUUAUUAUUUUGCUCAUUGCAGUUGAGAUUGGUUUUGAAAUUCUCCGACUGUGGAAAGAGCGGCUUCAUGAAACGGAGGACAGGCAUUAG